GGCGUCGCUUAGGACACGGGUGUAAACAAGGCGGGAUGCGCGGGGCGCCGCCGACAGGCUCCGCCGGAGAGGGGGCGUCCCCGCACCCCCCGCGUGGCCAUGGCGAGCGGCUGGGCGCGCUCCAGCUGCGCCUGCGGGACUGUGAAACAAAGAGACUGGAAUUGGAAAGAAAACUGUUUGAAUAUAGCAGAUCUGAUGUAUGCAGAGCUAAACUGAAAUAUGCAAAGCUCAAAAAAUACUUGAAAGAGAUCUGUGAACGGCAAAAGAAUGCUAUUCUGCGAAACCAGGAGCUUUUAAAAGAGUUUGAUCAUAUUGAAGCUCGUUUUAGGACCUUUCCAAGUUCAGAGAGACUUCAGAAAUUGAAGGUACAAAAUGAAAAAGAAAUUAACAGUACGCUGAUACUUGACAAGAACAACAUGUUGAUAAAAGGUGACAAGAAAGAAGGUAACAAUAAGCAGAAGCUGCUGGUUGCAAGACAGGCAGGAAUUAAUACCGGGACAGCCAUGUCAAGAGGAUUGUAUCAUCCAGCAACAAUCUUUAUGGGCCGCCAAAUGUCAGCCAUCUCAAGCAUUGAAGAUUUCAGUACACAGCAGAAAUCUUCCCAGCCCACAAAGAGCUUUUCAAUUUCUGACCCACAUUCAUGCAGACAGGCAGUACAGAGCAGUAAUAUGACAGACAGCUGUGUAGUACAAACUAAUAGUGAUAUACAGUGCUUAAAUAAGUCUGACAAAAUAGAUGGGAAGACAUAUCUCCCGAUAGGUGAGAAAAUGCCAGUCACAUCCAGUAUAUCAUCUGAGAAUGGAGGAACUCACUUCCUAGAGACAGAAAGCAAUACAAAUAAUGGCAAUAGUAAUUUAGUAGAAAGCAAAAAAUCUGCUCAACUCAACUCCCUGUUACAUGAAAGAUUAAGUCCAGAGAACAGAACUGCUGAUUUUAAGAGUGACAGUUGUAGCAGAUCAGUAGAGGAAGUAUUGGCAGCUGAGCACUUCGUAGCAAAGGAGGAAAGAUCUAAACAGCAAAGCCCAUUGGUAUCUCCUCCCAAACAUAUUGUUUCUGAAAAUGAACAUCCAAGAGAAGGUUUUCCAGAUUCAGAUCAUAAUACAGGUAACCUGUGGCCCACUGGAGACAUACAGGAGCUGGAGAAUGAAAGUUUAGAUACCAGCAGUGACCUCACAGUUUCUGUGAGUGAAGAGGAUCAAAUAAUAAAUGCGGCUGACCAACUAGAUGGCUUAGGAGAUGUGGAUAGCAAGAUGGCCUUAAAAUCUGUUAACUUGAAAAAAGAAAAAGGAAUCCAACCCACAGAAGACCAUUUUUCUUUGCAGACUGGUGCCACAGAUGAUGAUCCUUCUGCGAAUUCAACAAUGCAGGAUUGUUUAUCAUUUGAAGGAUUCUCCCAUUUAUUGCAGUUCAUAGAAGAUUUGGUGGAGAAAGCAGGCCCUGAAUACAUGACACUGUACCAAAGUGGAACCAUAAGUGCCUCAAAAAUGAAGCAGCUAAUAAGCUUUUGUAAUCAAACUGAAAAUGUGAAAAAAGAAGACCUUGAGGCAUGUGAAGCAGUUGUCCUUCAUCAGCUUCAAAGAUUGCUACAAAGCACAUUCAAUGGAUGUCUCUUACCUGAGAAAACACUUAACGACAGAGGUAGAAUUAUGGAUGAAAAGCAAGCCAGGUCUGAUCAGUCACUAGAUUUUGCCAUGUUAUGGGAGCGCUUAAGCAAACACAUUUUAUUCCUGAAAAAACACAAUGUUUUGCUCACAGAAGAAGUAAAAGAAAUGUUUGGAAUUUUGCUGAUUUCAGAAAGAAAUUCACCAGGUGGCCAGGCUACACCGUUAUUGAGAGAGAUCUUUCCAGAAGAGUGUGAAGAUAGGUCAUCUAUUCAUAGUAAUGAAUCAUCUUACAGCUUGCCAUCAGUUCAGAAUGACAAUGGCGAAAUAAAGCAAGCAAAACAUGCUCUGUGGCUUGACAACACUGGUACAAGGGAGCAAGAAAUCACAAGCUGGUGUGAAGAUGAGAGCAAGGAAGAAAGCUUGGUAGAAAAGAUUCCUAUUACAGGUUUGAAUACUGGAAACAGAGAGAAGACAGAGAGAAGCAACAAAAUCAGUUCAGAAGCUAGUUUUUCAUCUAGUGAUGGAAGAAGUCCUUUAUCAAGUGCAAGAUGCAUUUGGUGAAAUUCAUCGCUCCUGGCAUAAAAAUAGAAUAAAUGGCUUGCUUCGACAGCACAUAUACUAAAAUUGGAACUAAGCAGAGCCAGGAAGAAUGAAAAUCCCACAUACCCAAAACUCACAGCCCUCUAGCAUCCAUUGUCCCUGUCUAGUCACUGCCCUUCUUGUCCCUUGCUUAGAGGUUUUGAGACCCCAAGAUACAAACUUACAUAAAUGUGGUAGCUCACGGCUCCUAUAUCAGUCUCUUCAGGUCUGCCUCUGAGAUUCUCUUUGCAGUACAGAGGGGGAACAUGAAGACCUUCUCUGAAACCACAUCACAUGUUCCCUCUGCCUAGUUUCUUCAUGGGGUUUAGGUGGCAUGGUAGAACUUUUAUGGACCCUUGUCACCUAGAUGAAUUUUAUCCUUUAUACAUCAGUUGCUACAGGCUUAGAAUGUGAGAGCAAAUGCUCUCUCUUCUUAAUGUAACUGUCUGCUGCCAGCCUGGUAACUGGAGACAGAGUCUGGUCUUAAAUGAGUGUACCCUUCUUGUCUUAAAUCCUGGUAUAACAUGUUCUUGGAAUCCUUUGUUUUUGUGUAGUCUUCUGUUCUAAAUUUCAAUUGGACAUAGUUAAUAGGAGCAAAUCUCUUAUCAUAUACCAAGAAUUGUAUUCCCAUCUAUUUUUCUUUCAGUGCAUUUGUCUGAUUUUCCUUCAAAAACAGUAGAUCAAGUGUUGCUCGCUGGUUAAAAAAAUACAGAAAAAAUAUUUUCAUUCACUUAUACUUACCUUGAACUUGCUCUUUGUUCAUAGAAAAAGAAUAGCCUGAGUGUGAGCAGGUUUUUAUUAUUAUUUGCAGAGAAAUAAAUGAUCAUGCAGAUGGAUAGAGAGAUGAACAGAAGAGAUUUUGUCACAGUAGAAAGGUUGGCAUUAAGUAGUCAGGCAUACAUUUUUAUCAGUAAGCUUUUUGACAUUUGUGAAAAAUGAUUACUUUUAGAGAAGGACCACAACUUCUCCUUCUCAGCUCAUUGUUGGGAACAAAUUCCUUACCUGCUGUCUCUCAGUCUGAGGGUUACGAAGAAAGGCCUUGUGAAAAAGAAACAAUCCUGUUUGUUUACCACAUGGUAUUGUGUCUCAACAAUGCUUCUUCAAGAUAGAUGUGCACAGGCUUCAAGCUCUUUUUACAAGAUUAACCAAUAUGCUUCUAGGCAUAUUUUUGUGGAGUAUCAGUGUUUCUGGAUCUAGGUCCUUUUCAUUUAUUUUUCUGAUAGAACAUCUUUUUUUUGUUUGUUUGCACUUGACACAGAGUAUGGAGGUUCAACAAGUUCUUUACCAAAGUGAUAUCCAGGAGAGAAGCAAGUUUUCCAGUUUUCAUUGUCAUUGAAACUCUUUAUUUUGAUUAAUUCCCUCAGUAUUUACCAAACAGAAUCAAGACUAGCUCUAUAGAUAUCCUUUCUGGAAAAAAAAAAAAGGGAAUUAGUUUCUGGGAGGCUUUUCACUUACUUUGUAUGAGAACCUUCUAGAUGGGUCUCAUUUUAUAAAAGCAAACCUUCCAAAAUGGGAGACUUGAGCUGAAAAAAAUAAAAAAUGAAAUGAUGUUUUGAAGUUAACCUGUACUUAAAAAAAAAAAAAAAUAGAACCAGGAUUUUAAAAUAUAUUUUAUACAUUUAUGGAGGAAGUAGACACUUGUACAGGACUGUAGAGAAUUUUAUUAAGAAGAUUGCUUGAAGCAAAUUCUUAAAAUUCUUCUCUAGAGGCUUUGUAUGGUUUUGAUAUGCUCACUCUGCCAUAAGAUGAUUGUCAUUGUUGUACUAUUAUUCUGAGCUUAAACUUUCUGGAAUUCACAGAGUUUUCUGUCUUUUAUUGGCAAUGACUAACAUUUUAACUUCAGGUGUCAUUUAGAAAAUAGCUUGCAUGAAAAUGAAUUAGACAUCUUAUAGCAUUUUCGGAGUUGAAUUCAGAGGUAAUACCAGUGAUCUCUCUCUCUCUUUUUUUUUUUUUUUCUCCUCAUCUGUCAUUUCCAUCUUUUAAUGAUGUGCAGGUCUUUCUUCAUACAUUCAUGUUUUCAUACAACAUUGGCCAAUUGCCCAUCAAGAAUGACAGGCAGGGGGUGCAGAUGGGACCAGGGGCCUGCAUCCAGUUCUCCCUCCCCUUUGGGGCCCGGCCCGCUUCCCCUUUCCCCCAUUGUGCUGCAGGGCUAAGCCUGCCCUCCCCACCCUCCCCGCUGCUGUUUCAGGGCCAGGCCUGCCCCCCCUGACCUCCCUGUCAUUGUUUUGGGGCCAGGCCUGCCCCCUCCAACCUCCCCACUGCUGUUUCUUGGCUGAGCUGGGCUGGGCCUGGCAUGCCCCCCUCCACGCUCCCCACCGGCAUUGUGGGACCAGCACCAGGACUGCCACCCCCACCUUCCCUGUUGCUGUUUCAGGGC